ACGUCUGCGAGGCAACUUCUCAACGUCAACUUCCGCUUUCGACAAACUUCUGCACAAUGCUCCGCCACUUCUUCUCCCUUCGCAGGCAUGCCAUUCUAAACCCUAACCUAAAACCCUAAACCCCAACCCUAAAAGUCGUGAGUGCAUUCGUCUCAUUAGUAAAAGCACCUUUUCCUCAUUUACUUGAUGUGCUGACCUCAUCGAACUUCACAUGAUUAUGGAUUCAGUACUUCCGAGGCAGGCAAUUUCUUCAAGAUUUUUCACUGAGAAACUUAGUUAUGUCAGAGAUGUUUCAUGGGCAUAUAAUUUAGUGUCUGAGCGUGGUAUUUCAACUACUGGGUCAGAGCGUAGUUCGGGAAAGGCAUUUGCUGAUUUUUCUAUUUUUAAAGGAAAAGCUGCACUUUUACUGUCUCCUGUGCCUCCAACAUUCAUUAAGAUGGAUUCUGGACAUCAAAGAGUUGAUAAAAAGGGUGUUAUUUUGAUGAAGUUCAUCCCAGCUAUUGGUCAACGGAAGUAUGAUAGUGAGAGGAAACAGUAUUUUGCUUUGUCAGCUACUGAAGUUGGAUGUUUGAUUAGCCUUGGCCCUGGUGAAUCUUGUGAGUUCUUUCAUGAUCCUUCAAUGAAAUCAAGCUUGGAAGGACAGGUGAAAAAGACAUUAACCAUUUCUCCACUUAAUGAUGGUAGUGGCUAUAUCUUCAAUCUGUCUGUCAUGAAUGCUGUUCUGAAAACUAACGAACGCCUUUCAUUACCUGUAACUAAGGCCGAGUUUUGCGUGAUGCGGACGGCUUGCGGUUUUGUGCUGCCGCUCAUCAUGGGUUGGGACCGAGUCAUUGGACCGCACGUGGAUCGAGCGGAUCAUGGUUCGUCCGAGCAAAGUGUGGUAAAGAUGGAUCCUGAUUUGGAGUGGGAAAGAUGAAAGGUGCAAAAUCUUAAUCUUAGUUUCAGUUUGUACUGUGAUGCUUAAAGUUUUAAUUAGUAUCAUGAUUAAAUACUGUUCAGGUAAUCAACUCGGUGUAAUUUUGAAAUUGGUAGAACAUAUGAAUUGUAUUUUUGUU